AUGACUUCAAUCUCAAACUCAGAAACAGAUUACCGGAGUCGCUUCAAAGAGUUACAGAGUAUUGAAGACAAGAAAGAUUUUCUAAUCGAAGAGCUACUUGCAGCAUUAGAUACCAUUACGGGACAGCAAAAUGAGUUGAAAUCGGAUCUCGACACGGAGCGUGAAGUACGUCGUCGACUCCAGCGCACAUUGCGUGAGGCGCAACCCGUCCAAGAACGCUUCGCGCUUCUCAUAAUCCAUCUGGACGCAGAUGUAUUCCUUUUUGAAGACAGCUGGAUCCAUGAGCCCGUCGAGGGUGGCGAGGGUAUGGUCUCGGCGCUCCAGGAGAACACCCACGAAUACCUGUCGUCUCUCAUGGACGAUGUCUCGGGCGUGGAGGUGAUAGUUAAGAUAUAUGGGGACUUGUUCAAAAUGUGGCAGAGAUAUGAGGAGGAGGGAUCAAGUCUGGGAUCUAGUGAUUUGACGAGGUUCUUCUCGCAUUUCAACCGGACUGAGCCGUUGGUUGAUUUCAUGGAUAUUGGGCCGCGUAAGGAGAGCAUCGUGAAGAAGCUGAGUGGCGUCCUAGGCCAUUACCUCACAGACUCACGCUGCGAACACGUUCUCCUCGCCGCUCCAUACGCCAGCAUCGACCCUAUCGUCUCCCCCCACACCACCACCCUCUCGCCCACCCCAAACCGUCUCACCAUCAUCCCGCCUCCAUCUCCUUCCUCGCGGACCCGCAAACCCUACGACAGCCUCCCCUACCCCACAACCAACCUUUUCGACUCCCUGUUCAUCCACCCGCCGCACCCGAAAACGCGCAAAAAGCACUCCAAAUCGCCGCCACCCCCAGCCGCGCCCGCCCCGCCCCCCGCCACCGCCAACGUGCCCAAGCUCCGGAUCCGCGGCGCCAAGGCCCACGAGCGGAGGGAGGAGCCUAGUCCCGUGAGGCCUGGGCCGCUGUUGAGGGCCCCGUCGCCGCCGCCCGGGUAUGCGGGACCUGCCAUGGGCAUGGGCAUGGGCGGGCAGAAAUGGGGCCCUAUGCAGGUUGCGAGGGUGCCGCAUGGGAGGAAUGAGUAUCCGAGGGGCGUGAUGGAGGGGCCUGGCGUGCCGGUUUUGAGAUGGCCAUGA